CCACGAACAGUCUAUACCUCAAUACCAAUGGUACCUGCUUCGAGGCUUUCGACGACUUCCCUGGGUGAGAAGUUGCUUCCGGGGCUUGCCCUUGUCCCAACGACCGCAGUUUCCCUUUCUCUAUUCGCGACACGAAACCACCACUAUCAAGGCCACUUCUUCGACCUUGUUCAAGACUCCAGAUCAGCUGUCCAAGUUGUCGUCCAAAUCUUGUCUCUAAUUCUUGCUAUGCUCCAGCUAUACGCACUGAGGAAAUUGUUCGCGUUGGCAACUCGACUUCUCUUGCCCGGACGCAGGUUGUCUCUGGAGACUCUGUCAUUGUGGGUAGCCAUCAGUCAGACAAAACUCGACAACACCCUUCCCAUGGGCUAUUCCGUGCCAAUAUCUGUCUUGGUAGUCCUCACAGGCCUUCCCUCGGCGCUUUGGGCAGGUGCGCUGACACCCAUCUUGGCCAUGGAUGCGCAGCUCACUGGGAUCAUUUCAAUUCCCCAGUUCAGUUCUCGCUCCCAUUCAGUAUGGGCAUCUCAGUUCCAGAUCCGCCCACUUUACAACAAUGUCACGAAGGAGUACGAUAUGCAAGUCUGGAAUAUACUGGACAACUGCACUGAGAUCCACGAUCUACGAGGCACCAUCCCGACUUGCCCUGUACCGGCACUUCAAGGACCCCUCCUUGCCAGCGCCGGCUCCGCAACAACUGUAGACGUCAGCAUUGCUCGAGUGCACUCGAAAAUCGACAGUGUAAGCUGGGCAUACUCUGGGCGGUCCUACGGAGUAGGGGCCUCGAUAGGACAAACCGGACCUACCUUCAACACAAAUUACAAUGCCCUUGUCGCGUACAGCUAUCAAGAACUAGGAUACCGCACUCACGUCGAGUGUCUGAAGAACGGCUCCUCUGGCGUUGCACUGAUACCAGUGGAGACUAACGAUAGCGGGAAUACAUGGUAUGUCCUGUCAGGUGCGUUACCAAACGAACCUCCGGGAACUGUUGAGAACUUUGGUCUUGCGAGCCUCAACAAUAAUCCCUCGCUGUUGACCUGGGCUGCGCGAUCUUACGAAGGAAAUAACAUGGUGGUUAUAGCAGCUUCAGAGAAGGAUUUGGACCGCUUCAACCAGACUCAAUGCUCCAUUACAUUCACUCCGACCAUUUUCGACGUUCGCGUUAACAUAACCUCAAAAACCGUUCGGGUCGAAGAGGCGGAAACUGGCACGGAAGCCGAGGAUUUUGAGCCCACCGGUGACCUGGUAUUCGGCACGGUUCAGAGUCUCAACCUCCUGGGCCGAAUGAGCAACUCGUUCUAUACUUCCGUCCUAGGCAAUGCGUUGCUAUCCAAUGUGUACAACAUGGAAUUUCAACGGAACAAGUUUUCUACGCAAGACAACUCCGUGUUGCUAGCUGCGGUUGAAGAAUCCUACGCUGCGAUGAUUGACGACAUACUAGUCGCCUAUGGAGCUUCACAGCUACUCAAUGCACAAGAUACCAAGGAAACGGUCGUUGUGGGUCAAAGGCAGGCAGUCCACAUUGGCAAACACAUCUGGAUAUACUUCACCUUGGCAUUCAAUGGCGCGAUAGUGCUUGUGUUCCUCUUGGAGUUAAUCAGAACCAGAUUUUGGAGUGGCCUGUCGCGGUUCGACUAUACAAAUAUCAAAUGCACCAUUACCGCGGCUUCAGCAGGUGGAAUGGCCAUCGCCAAUAAGAUCGUCUGCGCACCGGACAGACAGGGCAAGCAGGAUGGAGAGUCCAGCGUCCAGCCGUGGGACGGAUCUCCCAGCGAUCCAGCUUUUGAAAAGACUAUCAUCGUCUUCAGCGAGGGGUCCGCAGCCUCCACCGCCGGGGGAUACGGUGGGACAGGCAUUCCAACACUAAGAUUGGCAUCUGCACCAUCGGCCGCAGCGAGAUUACUCGAAGACUAGCACUGCGGAGGCGUUCUCUUUCGUCAUCCAGGUUCACAGAUGAAGACUUUCAUAAAUUCAGACGAGCCAAUGCACAUGCUUCGAAAGAGAAACAAGUAACAACAUCAGUCAUUCCGAUUAUUGAAGGAGAUGUCACCGAUCACAAGU